AUGAUUGACAAGAAAAACUCAACGGGUCAACAGACUUACUCCCUCGCCAAUGGGUUCCCUUACUCACACCAUCCCUACGGAGCGCAAUAUUCGCGUCCCGACGGACCUAUAUUGCUACAGGACGUGCACCUGGUGGAAUCGAUAGCGCAUUUCGAUCGUGAGCGGAUUCCAGAGCGUGUAGUACACGCCAAGGGCGGUGGAUGCCGUUUCGAAUUCGAAUUGACCGACUCACUCUCGGACAUCACAUUUGCCGCGCCUUACCAGAAGCCGGGCUACAAAUGUCCUGGUGUCGCACGUUUCUCCACCGUCGGCGGUGAAUCUGGUACCCCGGACACCGCUCGUGACCCUCGCGGAUUUUCGUUCAAGUUUUACACCGAGUGGGGAAAUCACGACUGGGUCUUCAACAACACACCGGUUUUUUUCAUUCGUGACGCCAACAAGUUCCCCCAUUUCAUUCACACUCAAAAGCGUCACCCACGUACGCAUCUGAACCAUGGCACCGACAGCACAAUGUACUGGGACUACUUGACCCAGAACAUCGAAUCCAUCCAUCAAAUAACCUACAUGUUUGGUGACCGUGGUACGCCUGCUAACUGGGCCAAAAUGAGUGGUUAUUCCGGUCACACUUUCAAGUUCCUGAACGAAAAGGGCGAACUCACCUACGUGCAGUUCCACGUCAGGGCAGACGGUGGAUUCCCGUGCCUAGACAACGAGAAAGCUGCAGAGCUUGGCGGGUCCAAGCCCGACUUUAACCAAGAUACGUUAUUCAACAUGUUAGAGAGCGGCGAACGCCCUACUUACACCUGUUACGUGCAAACCAUGACUCCCGAACAGGCGGAGAAAUUCCGUUACUCAAUUAAUGACUUAACCAAAAUUUGGCCUCACAAGGAAUUCCCAUUGCGCAAGUUUGGUAAAAUCACUUUGUCCGAGAACGUUGACAACUACUUUGAAGAGAUUGAACAGAUUGCCUUCAGUCCCAGCAACACCUGUAUUCCCGGCAUUGAGCCCUCCAACGAUUCCGUGUUGCAAUCCAGGCUCUUCUCGUACCCAGAUACCCAGCGUCACAGACUAGGUACCAACUAUUCGCAAUUGCCAGUUAACAGCCCCAGAAACAUGUGCCCAGCCUCAGCCGGAAACUCUGGAUGUCCUUUCUUGAUGGGUAAUUUCCAAAGAGAUGGUCCUGGCGCUCUUUACAACCAAAACUCCUAUCCUAACUAUAUUGCAACUCAGUACGACGAGAAAAUCAAGUACAAGAACCUAUUAGACGAUAAAGCUUGCCAAAACAAAUUUACUGGGACGGUCUUGAAGGAAGACUCCGAUGCCGCCAUCGUGCAACAAGAAGACUUCAAGAAGCACAACGAAAUCAUUAACUCCAAAAUCAACGAAUACUACUGGGUCACUGGUUGUACUCCUCUCGAUUUGGAGCAACCUAGAGCUCUAUUCGAAAAAGUAUACGAUGAUGCAGCCAAGGAAAGAUUCAUUCACAACGUCGUUGGCCAUGUCAGCACCGCUGCUGCGCCUAUUCAAACUAGAGUGAGUCAAUACUUUGGUUUGUUAAACAAGGAUUUGGGGGCCGCUAUCGCUAAGGGACUCGAAAUUAAAUUCGAACCAUUGUCAUUUGAGGAAUAUGCCAAAUCCGUUAGCUGCGCAUCCGCCUUCUGA